UCGAAGAUUUUCGUGAGCAGGAGGAGACAGAGAGAAGAGCAGGGGCGACCUGACGUUUCUUGAGAACACGGAGGGGGCGAUGGCGAGGCAUUUGGGCGGUGUUAGUUUCGCGGCGGCGGCAGUGGUGAUGGCGGCUCUUUUGUCGGGAUCUGCUGCGCAGGUGCCUGCGCCUCCGCCUGGGCAUCCUAAAGGGGUGGUGACUUACACGGUUGGAGAUGCCAUGGGGUGGACUAUAGCUGCGGGAGGCGCGGCGGCGUAUGAAGCUUGGGCUAACAGUCAGAUCUUCGAGGUUGGAGACAUUUUAGUCUUCAACUUCAACGACGGAGCGCACGACGUGGCCGAAGUGACGGAUACGUCUUUCAACUCAUGCGACGGCACCAACACCCUCUCUAUCUUCACUGCCCCGCCGGCGAGGAUCACCCUCGCCACCGCCGGCCAGCAUUUCUUCAUCUGUACCGUCCCUGGCCACUGCUCGUUAGGCCAAAAGGUUGCCAUCAACGUCACCGCCCCCAGCCCCUCCGGCACUCCCCCGUCAUCCUCCUCAGCCGUCCCGCCCCCCAAGGCAGCCACUCCUCCCUCUGCUGCCACCCCGACGUCCUCCACCACGACUCCAACUCAUCCGCCCUCUGCCUCCACUCCGUCAUCCUCAGCAGCUUCUCCACGGACCGGGGCGUAACACCAGCACCUUCCACCUCAAGUCCUCCACCUAAAACAGCAACUCCAUCGCCUGCCACCACCCUGCCGCCCUCCAGCACGGCUGCUCCACCAUCUUCAACCCCGGCUCCCUCGGCAGCAGCAGCAUCUCCUGCUGGAGAUGCGGUUCCUCCUGCCCCAGGGAACUCGGCAGCAUCGCUUGGCGUCACCGGAGUUUCUGCAGUAAUUUUGACCGCAGCCGUAGCUCUACUUACUUCUCCGUGAUCGUUGCAGAGUCAAUUUUUUGCUAUUAAUUUGGUUAUUACAUCUUCUUUUUACCGGUUGCGGAAGAUGAAAUGAUGAUGAGAGUCGUGAUCUUGGAGUUCUCAUUCCCCGUCCUUCUUCUAUUGAGAAUAAAGAAUAUUUCGUCACCAUGCUUGUCAA